AUGUCUCAACCUAUCCAACGUGCUGCAACACGCUCAUUUAUUCAGAAAUACAUUAAUAAGGAGACUUUGAAAUACGUCUUCACCACACACUUCUGGGGGCCAGUAUCCAAUUUUGGUAUCCCAAUUGCUGCCAUAUAUGACUUGAAGAAAGAUCCAACGCGAAUCUCAGGUCCAAUGACCUUCGCUUUAAUUACCUAUUCAGGCGUUUUUAUGAAGUACGCUCUUGCAGUGACACCCAAAAACUAUUUGCUGUUUGGAUGUCACUUGAUCAAUGAAACUGCACAAUUAGGUCAAGGCUAUAGAUUUGUCAAAUACACAUACUUCACAACUGACGAGGAGAAAAAGAUUUUAGAAAAAGAAUGGAAGGAGAAAGAGAAGCCAAGCAAGUAA